AUGUGUAUGGACGACAAAUCCUUUCCGUCACAGCUGUGGAACGACACAACAUCUCAACCAGAUGCUGCAGUCAACACUUGGAGUGGGGUAGCAAGUCUUCACAGGGCAUUUAUUGUCGCUGGCGUUGGAAUCAUCUUAACCUUUGUGGUGCGAAGAUUGCACCAGAUUCGACAAUUACGGCGGCUUGAACGACUUCAUGGCUGCAAGAAGCUGCCCAACGAGAGUGGGCGGUUUCAGUACGAUUUCCUGGGCAUCGCCAAGGCUAUUGAGCUGGGGUUUCAUUUGCGAUACCGAUCUUUCCUCCGAUACACGAAUGCGCUGUUCAUGAAAUACGGGGAGACGUACGCUUCCAAUGUUCUAGUUUACCGGCUCAUCUUCACCUGCAACACGGAAAACAUCAAACAUCUGCUGUCCACGGCGUUUACCGACUUCGACAGUUCCCCUUUGCGAAAGCACCUGUUUGAGUCCAUCACACCACAUGGCAUCUUCACCCUCGACAGCACGGGCUGGAAGAAAAGUCGGGAGAAAUUGCGCAGUCAACUCUCCAAUCUCCGCCAGAUCGUUGACCUGAACCUGUGUGAACAACAUUUCCAGGCCUUCCUCCAACAUGUUCCAUCCAAUGGCCAAGAAUUUGAUAUUCAAUCCUGCGUCUUCGCUCUCUCUUUGGAUAUGCAGACCUUGUUCUCUCUCGGAGAGUCCGUUGAUGCCCUUGGGUUUUCUCAAUCUCAGGAAAAGAAGCAGUUUUUAGCAGAUCUGCUGUCCGUCAAGGAACGAAUCGUUCAAGAUGGUUUCCGUGGUCCGCUCCGUUAUUUAUAUCCCAAACAACGCUUUAUCCAGUCCUGCAGAAGGGCACGGAAAUAUGUCAUGGCCCAUGUCACCCGAGAAGUCAAAACGACGACCUGCAUGAAUAAGGAGGAUGACGGUCGCCCUUUUAGACGCGCUUUCAAUACGGAAACCGAGGAAAUUUCCCAGCUGGCCGACCAGGCCUUGAGCGUUCUGCUUGCGAACGACAGCAUGGGCACCACUCUCUCGGGUCUUUUCUUUUGCCUUUCCCAGGACACGCGGGUUGUCCACAAGUUGAGGAAAAGCAUAAUUGAUACCAUUGGAUUGACGCCCCCGAUAUGGGAGCAGCUCGCAUCUUUGCGCUAUGUCCGCUGCGUACUCCAAGAAGGUGAGACUUCAGUAAAGUGUCGCUCUGGAGCAUGCACUUACACCAAGCUCGUCAAGUGA